AACAACACAUAAGAUUGCCAACCAAUCGGAUCAAUCAACCUAACAACUGUGUUUGUUUUCCCCCUCAUCGGAGCUUCUACUGCCGAUCACUUUCAGGCGGGCCAUCCCAUCCCAUCUUCUUUUGCCCCAAUUUCAAAAAUCACUCACCACUUUAUUAUAUCACCAACAAACAAUCAUAAUAUAAUGGCACAACUUCAUUUCUAGGGUUUCUCAAAACCCUCCCCUCUUUCUGCAAUUCUAACACACAGGGAGGAGGGGAUACACAGAGAUAGAUAUGUCUCGCCAACCGGUUACCUCCGCUUUUCCUAAGAACAAAACCCUAGACAACAAAUAUAUGCUUGGAGAUGAGAUUGGGAAAGGAGCAUAUGGUCGAGUAUACAAGGGUCUAGACUUGGAGAAUGGGGAUUUUGUUGCGAUCAAACAAGUGUCUUUGGAGAAUAUUGCACAGGAGGAUCUUAAUAUCAUCAUGCAAGAGAUUGACUUGCUUAAGAAUUUGAACCACAAAAAUAUUGUGAAAUAUCUUGGAUCCUUAAAGACAAAGGCACAUCUUCAUAUAAUUCUUGAGUAUGUGGAGAACGGUUCACUGGCAAACAUUAUUAAGCCGAACAAAUUUGGGCCGUUUCCUGAAUCAUUGGUGGCUGUUUAUAUAGCUCAAGUUUUGGAAGGCUUGGUUUAUUUACAUGAACAAGGGGUUAUUCAUCGGGAUAUUAAGGGUGCUAAUAUUCUGACUACUAAAGAGGGUCUUGUAAAAUUGGCAGAUUUUGGGGUUGCCACGAAGCUAACUGAGGCUGAUGUUAAUACACAUUCAGUUGUUGGUACACCUUACUGGAUGGCUCCUGAGGUCAUUGAAAUGUCAGGAGUUUGUGCUGCAUCUGAUAUAUGGAGUGUUGGUUGUACUGUGAUUGAGCUACUUACCUGUGUACCUCCUUAUUAUGAUCUUCAACCCAUGCCUGCUCUCUUUAGGAUUGUUCAGGAUGAGAAUCCUCCGAUACCAGAUAGCUUGUCACCUGGCAUAACUUCUUUUCUCCGCCAGUGCUUUAAAAAGGAUGCUAGGCUGAGACCGGAUGCAAAGACGCUGCUUUCUCAUCCUUGGAUACAAAAUUCUAGGCGUGUUGUAUUGCCGUCUUCACUCCGGCAUAGCGGUACACUUAGAAACAUAGAUGAUGAUGAUGGUUCAGUGGGUGCCAAAAGCUCAAAUGCAGAUGCCCUAAGCACUGUUGAGAAUCUAUCUUCCGAGAAAGUCAAAGAAAAUAAAACAGAGUCGGUAUUAGCUGAGGAAAAUGAUUUAAUUAAUCAGAAUACUGAGGAAAAAACAGAUGCAUCUGAAGACGAUGUUUCUGUUUUGGCAGACGAAGUUGUGACUUUAGCUAUUCAUGAAAAAAUAGAAUCUUCAUCCGCUAAGGAUGAAGAUUCUAAUCAAGCAGAAGUGCAUGAACCAUUAGAAUUGAAACCCACCGAGGUUGUGAUAACAAAUGCUGAAUCUGGAUCUCCGGAGUCAAAAUCGAAAACCGCAGUAGGUAAAGAAGUCAAAGAAAACGGAAGCACUGUUAUAAUUGAUAGCGAUUCACAUAAUUCCGGGCGCAAAGCCCAUAACUACGAUUCCCGCAAGGGUGUACAGACGGGAAGACCAGUUGAAGUAAAUGAGCUGAGUAAAUUCAGUGAUACACCUGGUGAUGCUUCGUUGGAUGAUUUGUUUCAGCCAAUAGAUAACAAACAUCUGGACGGUAGAUCGGCUGAAGCUUCAACGUCUGCUUCAUCAUCACACGUGAAUCAAGGUAUCACAUUUGUUACAGAUAGUGGAAAAGCUGACUUGGCAACACAAUUACGAGCUACAAUCGCUCAAAAACAAAUGGAGAAUGAACCGGGCCAGUCUAAUGGCGGAGAUAUACUUCAUCUAAUGAUGGGUGUUUUAAAGGAGGAUGUAAUCGGUAUCGAUGGUCUGGGCUUUGAUGAUAAACUACCUGCAGACAAUCUUUUUCACCUUCAGGCUGUUGAAUUUGGCAAACUAGUUUCACAACUGCGACCAGAGGAAUCAGAAGAUGUGAUCGUGUCCUCCUGUCACAAGUUAACUGUUUUUUUCCAACACCGUCCUGAGCAGAAACACGUGUUUAUGACACAACACGGGUUGCUUCCUCUUCUGGAAUUGCUCGAAGUUCCGAGGACACGGGUGCAGGUUAUAUGCUCUGUGCUGCAGGUUUUAAAUCAAAUUAUUAAAGAUAAUACUGAUUUCCAAGAAAACGCUUGUCUUGUUGGCCUUAUCCCUCUUGUUAUGGGCUUUGCAGCGCCUGAUAGAACACGAGAGGUUCGUAUGGAAGCGGCUUACUUUUUGCAGCAACUGUGUCAGUCAAGCUCGUUGACGUUGCAAAUGUUUAUCGCUUGCCGUGGGAUACCCGUUCUUGUGGGAUUUCUCGAGGCUGAUUAUGCAAAAUACAGGCAAAUGGUCCACCUAGCUAUUGAUGGCAUGUGGCAGGUGUUUAAGCUUCAGAGAUCAACCCUUAGGAAUGAUUUUUGUCGAAUAGCUGCAAAAAAUGGAAUAUUACUCAGGCUCAUAAAUACCCUCUAUAGCUUAAAUGAGGCAACGAGGCUAGCGUCCAUAUCAGGUGCAGGUGGUUUUUCAAUGGAUGGUUUACCCAUGCGGCCCCGCUCUGGCCCACUGGAUCCAAGUAGCCAUACAGAUCAUCCUUUUGCUGGCCCGCAGGAAUCUUCUAGACUUUCAUCUUCUCACUCGCCUGAUUCAAGAUUCUUCACACUAGAAACAGAUAAACAUCAAUCAAGCAACACUAGCGCUGAAGCUCCGGUUACCUCAAGAUCACCCGAUUCAACAUCAAUGGAGAGAGAUAAAAUUGAUCCGUCACAUGACGCAGAACCUAAACAACGGCUUUCUAAUUUUGGAAGGUUGUCCACUGAUAGGCCUAGGAAAUCGAUGGAUGCUGUAUCAAAUGGAUAUUCUGCAACUCAGCAAGAAAAUGUGAGGCCACUUUUAAGUUUGUUGGAGAAAGAACCGCCUUCACGCCAUUUUUCGGGUCAGCUUGAGUACGUUCGACAUCUUACGGGCUUGGAGAAACACGAAAGCAUACUUCCUCUUUUGCAUUCUUCUAAUGAGAAGAAAUCCAACGGGAUGGAUUUCUUGAUGGCUGAAUUUGCUGAGGCUUCUAGUCGUGGAAGAGAACAUGCUUACACCGAGGCGGUAACCAGGACUCCACAUAAGUUAGCCAAUAAGAAGACCGCGUUAACGGCAUCCAAUGAGGGAAAGGCUUCCACAUCGGGAAUCGCAUCUCAGACAGCAUCAGGCGUACUCUCCGGUUCCGGAGUUCUUAAUGCUAGACCAGGGAGUGCCACGUCAUCAGGGCUCCUGUCUCACAUGGUAUCCCCUUGGAACGCUGACGUGGCUCGUGAAUAUCUUGAAAAAGUGGCGGAUCUUCUACUUGAGUUUGCUGGUGCUGACUCAACCGUGAAGUCCUACAUGUGUAGCCAAAGUUUGCUUAGCCGCCUCUUUCAGAUGUUCAAUAAAGUAGAACCACCUAUACUGUUAAAGUUGUUAAAAUGCAUCAAUCAUUUGUCAACUGAUCCACACUGCUUGGAACACCUACAAAGAGCCGAUGCCAUCAAGCAUCUUAUUCCGAAUCUCGAUCUCAAAGACGGUCCCCUCGUGUCCCAAAUUCAUCACGAGGUCCUCAACGCUCUAUUCAACUUAUGCAAGAUAAACAAGAGAAGACAAGAACAAGCAGCGGAAAACGGAAUCAUUCCGCACUUAAUGCGUUUUAUAAUGUCGGAUUCUCCACUAAGACAAUGUGCGUUACCUUUAUUAUGUGAUAUGGCCCACGCAUCACGCAAUUCAAGGGAGCAGUUAAGAGCUCAUGGUGGGAUGGAUGUAUACUUGAGUUUACUUGAAGACCAACUUUGGUCUGUAACAGCUUUAGAUUCAAUUGCUGUUUGUUUAGCACAUGAUAACGAUAACAAGAAAGUGGAACAAGCUUUGCUCAAAAAGGACGCGGUUCAAAAAUUGGUUAAAUUCUUCCAGUGCUGUCCAGAACAGUUCUUCUUGCACAUACUAGAACCCUUUUUGAAGAUCAUCACGAAAUCAUCUCGAAUAAAUACAACAUUGGCUGUUAAUGGGUGGACACCAUUGCUCAUAUCGAGGCUUGAUCACCAGGACGCCAUAGCUCGUCUCAAUCUGCUCAAACUAAUAAAGGCUGUAUACGAACAUCACCCACGCCCGAAGCAACUGAUUGUAGAAAACAAUUUGCCUCAGAAACUUCAAAAUUUGAUUGAAGAACGAAGAGAUGGUCAAAGUUCCGGUGGUCAAGUUCUGGUGAAGCAGAUGGCAACUUCACUGCUAAAAGCACUCCAUAUCAACACUGUUCUGUGAUACAGGUCGGUCGUCUUUUUGUCUGUCAUUGCAUGUGUAAAUAUAUUUUUUUGGUGUGAUGUAAUUAGUUCGGCUUUUUAUUUGUGGAAUACACCCUGUGUUUGGUUUGUUUUUUGUUGUGCUUUCUUGUGUUCUAAAAAAAUUAUCUACCGCACAUUACAUGGUGUAUAGGUUUAUUCUUAUGACCCGACCGACUCGACUGCUAAAAGAACAUUAAGUUA